AUGUUCCGCGCUCGGCCAAAGUCGUCCGUCCGACUGAAGUCUCGGCCAAAGUCCAAAACCACUCGGCCGAUCACGCAUCACGACCCGGGAAACUCAAGCCCGCGGUCGGCCACGCCACACCGCCACGCCAACCGCGCACGACCAAAGCGCGCGAGCCGGGAAAGUAAGCCUCGCGGCCGCGCAACCGUUCGCGUACCGGCCGACGCUCCGUCCGAGCCGGGAGAACGUCCCGCGUCCGGCCGAGAAUUUCAUCGGCCAAAUCUAUCCGCUCGACCACGCCGGCCGACCGUGAAUCCGUCCGACCCCGACCGUUCCGACUCGGCCACGACCCGAUUGUCCGGCCGAUCGUCCCGCACGACCGUCCCAACGCCGCGGUGCAUGACUAGGAGGUCCAACAAGGACAACCUAGUUGAACAUCCAGAGAUAGACAAGCUUGAGAAGCAACUUAGGAAGCAAAAGCCCAAGAGAUGGCCGACGAAGCAGCUCGCGCUCACGCCGCUGAAGUGGCGCGCGCUCAAGAAGAAGGAAGAGAUCCACCUCCUCCUCCUCCUAAUCCACAAGACCCUGCUGGAGAUGUGA